AGGAGCAGGGGGGAAGGAGAUGUCCCUCCGGUCUGCGCUGGAAGCAGGAUGAACCUGGUGUCUAUGGCGACGGAUCCCAAGCUGCAAUGGGUAACGCUGUGGGCCCGCGUCAGGUGGGCAGCAGUGCUCGGGCUGCUCCUGGCCUUGCUCGUGGUGCUGCUGCUGCCGGCUGCGGAGGAUCAGUGCCACGCAGUGCUCCAGGGGCUCUCCUUCCUGAAGAGUAAACUGGGCGCCGGCUCCUCGGGGGUCACCAGGUACACGGGACACACCACAGAACUGAGCGUGGCCUCCAACGGGCUGGAGCUGCUGGUGCUGAAAGGCAAAGCCUCCCCAGAAGUGAAGUUAGAAGCCAAAGCAGCUCUGAAACAAGCCCUCGAAAUGAAGCGCCAAGGCAAGCGGGAGAAAGCCCACAAGCUCUUCGUGUACGCCCUCAAAAUGGAUCCUGAUUAUGUGGAUGCCCUGACUGAAUUUGGGAUCUUUUCUGAAGAGGAAAAAGAUAUUCUUCGAGCUGACUACUUGUACUCCAAAGCCCUCACCAUUUCUCCCUUCAAUGAGAAGGCUUUAAUCAAUCGGGACCGGACGCUCCCUUUGGUGGAAGAGAUCGACCAGAGGUAUUUUGGCAUUAUUGACAGCAAGGUUAAAAAGGUGAUGGCGAUUCCCAAAGGCAAUUCCGCCCUGCGCCGGGUGAUGGAGGAGUCCUACUACCACCACAUCUACCACACGGUUGCUAUUGAGGGCAACACUCUGACGCUGUCCGAAAUACGGCACAUCAUUGAGACCAGAUACGCCGUUCCUGGGAAGAGCUUAGUGGAGCAGAACGAGGUGAUCGGGAUGCACGCAGCUCUCAAGUACGUUAACACCACGCUGGUGUCCCGGAUCGGCUCCGUCACCACCACCGACAUCCUGGAGAUCCACCGGCGGGUGCUGGGCUAUGCUGACCCGGUGGAGGCAGGGCGCUUCAGGACUACUCACGUGUUUGUAGGCCAUCACAUCCCACCGCACCCCCGGGACGUUGAGAAGCAGAUGCAGGAGUUCGUGCAGUGGCUGAACUCGGAAGAUGCCAUGAGCUUGCACCCUGUGGAAUUCGCUGCGUUAGCCCACUACAAGUUGGUUUAUAUCCAUCCCUUUACAGAUGGCAACGGGAGGACCUCGCGCCUGCUGAUGAACCUCAUACUAAUGCAGGCGGGUUACCCCCCCAUCACCAUCCGCAAGGAGCAACGGGCUGAGUAUUACCACGUGCUGGAAGUGGCCAACGAGGGCGAUGUGAGGCCCUUCAUACGCUUCAUUGCAAAGUGUACAGAGACAACCCUGGACAUGCUGCUCAUCGCCACCACAGAGCACUCCGUGGGCUUACCUGAGGCAGAUGGCAGCUCUGCUGGCUGCAAACAAACCAUCCCUGUCAAGACUUGAGGGUUGUG